AACUCACACAAUCCAGAUUCCAAGAUGAGAGCAGCCGCGAAAGGUGUGUUAGUGAGUGGACAGUUGUACGCCCAGCAGCCAUAUGGUAUGUUGUUGAGGAUGACGUCGACGAACUGUAACACCGGUGAUGAAUUAGACGCCAUUUUCAAACAGAAGAAAGCUCUUCGAACUCAGGUCAGAAAAACCCUUAAAGCCAUCGACCCAUCCCUCAGAUCUCAACAAGACAAAGCUAUUCAGGACAUAAUUGUAGGUGCUCCGUGGUUUAAAUCAAGUCGUGGGUUAUGCGCAUACAUAAGUUGCAGUGCUUUACGGGAAGUUGAUACUUCCAAACUUUUGUCUCAUAUUUUGCAACCUCCACCCGCUGGUGAUAAAAAACUAUAUGUACCUCGAGUGGAGGAUAAAAAUAGUCACAUGCGUAUGCUUAACAUAUCGCGUAUUGAUGAUCUUGUUGCAAACUCGAUGAACAUCUUAGAACCAACUCCAGUUGAUGCCGAUGGAAAUGCACGUCAAGAUGUUUUGCAGGCGAAUGACCCAGUUGAUAUUAUGCUUUUACCUGGAUUGGCAUUUGACAAAUCUGGAAGACGCUUAGGCCGUGGUGGAGGUUACUACGAUACCUUCCUGAAAAAUUAUCGGGACCUAGCAGAGACACGGAACUGGACGCAGCCCUUGCUUGUUGCACUGUCAUAUUCACAACAAAUACUAGAUGAUGGAGUAAUACCAGUUACUUCAACGGAUAUUCCAGUUGAUGCUCUUGUGUCUCCAGAAGGUGUAAUUCCUAUCAGUUCUGCUGCCUUUGACAGAAUGGAUCUCUGAGCUGGACUUGAAGCUGAUGAUGCUGAACACAUCCAAUGGAUUAUGUAUUAUCUUCAACAAAAAUUUUGGUUCAUUAAGUAUUCGGCACUAAUAGAGGGAUGUAUCCGGAGCUUUGUGUUACAAGUUAAAAGGGUAUCCAAAUCAUUAAAUGAUACUGGACUGCCUCAUUGCGUCCAGUCUUGACCAAGUGGAAGUUUCAUUACUUUUUGGUCAUUCAUAGUAAUUCAACAUGUUUAUGUAAUGUUUAAAUCUGUGAAGUUUGAGAUUACUUAAGGCAUAUAUAUGUGUGUCAUUCAGCUGGAAUGGCUAUGCUUUGACUUGUUUAUAAAGUUACAGCUAUUUUUAGUGUGAAAAUAUUGUGCUUGGUUGUACGAUUUUUUUUUAUUCUGGUGGUUGUACUACGGAAAGUUUCUUAAUGUCAUGUUUCUAGUAGCUUUAAAGGUUCAAA